GUCUUAUCAAUCGGAAGAAUUUAUAUAUAAAUACUCGUGGUCUAACUAUCACUCCUUGCAGGAAACCAUCUGGCCAAGCGUGAUACUUUACAAUGAACUGUCUGACCGUUAUCUGUUUGUUGGUGGGAGCCAGUUUGUCAUCGGCACAAAUCGACCUGAGGCCGUAUGACGUCACAGCUCAGAACCUCUUCGAUGCCAAUGAUGUUGAUAAGGACAAGGAAAUGUCCCAUACGGAACUCGUUCUUUCAUUCAAUGGAUACGAUUCUAACUUUGAUGGUGUAGUAUCACGCGAGGAAUAUACUACAUACACCACUCACCAGAACCCCGCCAUGUUUGUUCUCACGCAUGCUCUGUACGACAUCUACGACAAAGACAAGGAUGGAGUCCUGACUCAGUACGACUACGAGGAGCUGUUCAAGUUGUGGGAUGCAAACGAAAAUACAAUUGUGAGCGAGCCGGAGUUUGUUCACUGGUGGACAGUGACACUGACGGCAUUGGAUCACCUCCACCACCCUGACGCCACCUUCGCUCCAUCAACCCCGAGCGCCUAGUAGGUCACGUGACUAAUUGGGCUGGCAGCUUCCCGGGUUGUGAUGGAAGAACAAUCGUUGCAAUAAAAACAAUGAAGGAAA